AUGUGUUUUCUUUAUUUACAGAAUAUUGCUGCAAGUCCAAAGAUUUCCUUCCGAGGAAAUGAAGGGGAGAUUCAAAUCCCAGGCCGCAACAAUGGAAGCUCCAAGUUCUCCUUCUCGCUGCAAAGUAUCCAGGAUCCCGAUGGGCCGCAGGGCAGCUUCGAGUUCAUCAAGCAGUUUGGCACUAGAGCAUUGGAAUCUCUUGGACCAAUGGUAGGCAAAGUAUGGAUCCAGGCUAAGGAUGAUUCAUAUGAGAAGACCAGACAAAGCAUGGAGAACGCUAAGAUAAAGAACCAAAUGAAUUGUGUUAAAGAGGUGAAGACUAAUUCCGGCAACCCCUUUGUGCGACAAAGAACCUCCCUUGUCAAGAAAUCAACUUUGGUAGUUCCACCACCAAAGAAAGAUGUGACUGCUGAAUUGCAGUCCAAUAACAGAUACAACCAGAAUACAUCCAACUCACCCAACCGAAUACACUCUGGUGGAACAACAGGGAGCAAUCCUCAAGCUGGUAAACCUCCGCCUCCUCCGCCACCCACCAAUGUUCCUGCCAGGAAAAGUAAUCCUGAGUUAGUUAGAAGACCUCUGAGAGAAAGAAUCAUCCAACUCCUGGCUGUGAAGAAUUAUAGGAAACCAGAAAUAAUAAGAAGAUUAUACAUUGAUGGGGUUAAGGAAAAAGACAAGCGGCAGAUGACAAGUGUUCUAAACAGUGUCUCACUAAUCAAAGAGAACAUCCAUCACCUUGCACGGGGUCUUUGGAAUGAAGUGCGAGAGGAUUGGCCCUUCUACACGGAAAAUGAGAAGGAAGUUGUUAAAAAAAUUAAACCCCAGGGUCUAACUCCUCCUAGCAGUUACAAUGGUCAGUCUCCAACAUCUACACUCCCUUUGUCCCCAUCUCCUAGCUCACAAGGUGUCAAACGCCCUCAUGAGGAAACAUGUGAUCCUACAGUCAAAAGGGCUCGGGGUUCACGUUGGACCGGUACAAAAUCCAGUAAAAGAGAUAAUUCUCGGUCUGAAUCAAGAGACAACAAGAAGCCAGAACCUAUAGAUACCCAGCCUAAUAUUAAGCCAAAUUCUUCUUCACUAAAUUCUUGCUCAAAUAGCAAACAGGUGAGCAAUGGACGACACCACCAUCGGGAUGAACGACCUCAGAUAAAUGGCACCACAAGUCCAAAUAGGAAGCCUCCUUCCACGUCACCCAUGAGUCAAGAUUCACCACGGCAUCGCCUUAAUGGCAUACACUCUCACCACACCUCAGGAAACCAUUCGCCCAUCAAUGGCAUGUCAAAUGGCCUAACUAAUGGUCAUGCCAACCCCCACCACAGGACGAAUGGUCAUAGCAGAUUGGAACCUUCAACCCCGAACUCAUCCCCAGAUAGUCACCACGGGGAGGAGGACUCGGAUGAGGAUUACCAAACGAGCUACACGGCAAUAGUGUCUGUUGAACAACGGAGUCGAUAUAAAGCAGACUUUAAUAGACAGUAUCAGGAAUACCUACUAUUGCACCGUUUCAUAGAAGAACGGACACGACCAUUCAGUAACCUAGAUGAACGCCUCAAGAAUGAAGCUCAUGGUUCUGAUGAAUAUAAUACAAUACGUGCCCAAAUCCUUAGAGAGUAUGAAGCCACUCAACAGGACCAGGAAUUCCAGCAGAAGAAGAAGCGGUACAGUUACCUACAUGAAAAGUUAGCCCACAUCAAGAAUUUGGUGCGAGAGUAUGAUGCUACGCACUCCUAGCACCGGUUAUCCACCCUCGCACCGCCACUCCGGCACCCAGCCCGCCAGCCCCACAAAGUCCCAAAGGGGGGGAAGGAUCUGUAGUGGUUACCAAACUGUGCCUCAGCCUUUUAAUGUGGUAUCAACUAUGGAAAAAAGAAAAGGAAAUAUUUAUCCUAAUAGUUGGGUGAAAGGACUUUUGUGAAUUUAAAAGUCCGAAAGAAGAGGAAGAUGGUGUUGGAAAUUUGUCCUGAUGAAAGGAUGAAUUUUUCAGUUUAAUGUCAAUAAAAAUAUGGCAUACGUGAAUAUUUCAAUUUGAUCCACAGAAAAUGAGAUUCCUCUUUGUCAUUAUUUCAAAAUAUUAUUCCCCCACUUCUGUAAAGAAAAUGGGUUGGGUGCAGUAAAGCAGACGGCUGUGGCUGGUUCUUAAGCGGUGUGUGUGGUGUGUGUUUGCGUGCGCAGUGGUGUGCCAAGAGACGAGGAUGACACCCGCCUGUACCUUGGUGUGUUCUCAAGUGCUUUCCCCCGUACUUCCAGCUGUGUUCUCCCUAAUCUGUGCUUUGCCCUAGUUGAGUCCCACACAUGACAAAAAAUUGGUGGUAUUGUGGGUGUAAGCGGUGGUAGUCCUCCUGACCACAUCCAGACAAUAAACUAUAAAGGAGGGGCAACAGACCCAACCAGUAUCAUUUGUACUGGUCCUAGUUAUCAAGAGAAGAAUCAACAGGAAAAGAUUCUUACAACCUUACACUAAUGCCAGACCUGCCAAUUGUUGUAUAAAGUGAACAGUGGAUUAUGUUAAAUAUAUUGUAUAAAGUAUAAAGGUAUUCUAUUUUACUAGAGUACUCCAUCAACCAUGGACAAGGGUAUUAAGCCCCUAGUUCCAUAGACUUAGUAUGAAUGUAUAUUUUAUAUCAUUCCAUGAGGAGAUCAGGCCCUAAAUGUGUGGAUAGUGCUUCAAUAUGAUUGGUUUUGGAAUAUGCCAGGUUAGAAGUGUCAUUAUAUGUCACAUAAGAGUUGAUAUACUUGUGAUACCAUGCAGUACUGUUUUAGUGCUGACUUGGAUACCUCUAGGUGUUGUUAGAAAGUAGUAAGUGAUCUAUAUUGUGCUUGUCAGGGCAAGUGGUGUUUGUUAUCUCAUAAAUGGCAGAGAGUCAAGUUGACUUAAGCCCUUCGCUCAAUGGGCCCGGCCUUGUGUCCAUAGCUUGGUUAAGCCCACUAGACCAAUCCCUAAGCCCAUUUGCCCAAUUCCUUUACCCACUUGCCCCUGUAAUGGAGGAGAGAAGGGAAAUUCAGUACCCGAAUUGCCUAUCCACACUUCUAACCUAAAGUUUGGAAGUGAUAAUUUGACAGGCAUGAGACUAGACUUUUUGACUGUGACUGUGUGACUGGAUGAUCCAAGGAACUUGUGAUUGCAACCAAAAAGACAGUGAUUACUUUCAUAAUUAGUAGUUGAAUAGGGGUAGUGUAAGCUCUGUGCCACUAAAAUAAUCAUACUAAAUAACGGAAGCCUCUAGUGGUGUCUGAACAAGUUAUUUUUUGUACAUGAAUUUAAGAAUAUUGGUAAUUUUGGAGGACGUCUAUCAUAUUCAUUCAAAUAAUUGAAAUUUAUAUGUAUUUUGCUAAAAUAAUUAUAUAUAUAACUAUUCUUUUUCACUGCAACAGAUUGUCGCUAUUAAAUGUUUUUAAUUCAGAUAAUAGGCAAAUGUUUUAAUACAUACAAUACUGUAAAAGACUUACAUUGAGUCACACUCUUGACUCCCAGCUCAUAAGACACAGGUUCGAGCAUGCGGCCAGGCUAGGUUGUUGAUCCCUAUUUAGUGGUGGUGUAUGUAGAGGUGGUCAUUCUUUCAUGUCGAGGUCCCACACAACCAAACCUUUUCACCAUUGAGGUGACACCAUACAAGAGGUGGGAUACAAAGUAAAAUACUGUAUAUCAGCUUUUUUAGAAUUUUCAUCACUGCAUGAAUAUCUGUUGACAAAGCUUCUCAAUCAACUCGUAGGUUCAUUUAUGUGCAUACAAUAUUAUUGGGACAAAUAUUGUUAAUUUGGAAUUAAAUGGUAACUUUAUCAUAAUAACUAAAUGAGAAAUAUUUUUUAUACUGCUUCAGAAUUAUUAUCUAGAGUUUUGCAUUUCAGAGUUCAUGGUUUCACAUUCAUUAAAAUAUUUUCUCUAGUAUGUAAAGUUAAUAUGCCUUGUUUGCAUCAUAUUGUUUCCAGCAAAUAUCUCAAUAUAUAUUGAAUUUACUAGAGAACCAAUACAAUAUAGCUUUAGACGAUAAUUUGUCUUAGAAGCAACCGGUGCCUGUGAAGGUUUGUUAGCCACCUUGAGCUUGUCUCUUUAAUGAGUCUGUGAUUUUUUCCUAUGGUUGUGACCAUAGCCUGAUCAUACUGUUGUGGUCCACUGAGAAGUUUUAGACCUAUGUCAUGAUUAUGAUGGCCUUUGUGGAUGCAGGUGUAUGUUUUGACUGCAUAAUUUACAAAGGAAAAUAAUGACACUACAAUAUGUCCACUAAUGGCUUCAGUAUUGCAGUUCCUACCAAUAUUUUUUAUUUUGCGCCAGUCAUGCAAAGUAAGUUUUGAGGUUCGUGCAUUUACACCAUAAAUAUCUUAUGCUCAAUCUGUGAAUGAUGAAUCAACUUACAUUUGAAAGUUGUGUGUUUCUUGUGCUCUUGAUAGACUCAAAGCCAGAUUGUGUAGUUGGUGAUUUAUACUUAGUUCAUGGUUCAUGUGAUACGUAUUUUUGUAUAUGAUAUAUCACCAUUGAUCUAUACCUAAUACAACACUUACCCCACAUGAUGCUUGAUGCCUUCUACGCAUUCUUCACAAGAUUUUUAGCUCAAAAUCUAUGCACAUUUUGAAUAUUAGAAAUCAAACUGCAUCAUCCUUUGCAUUUGGUGAAAAUACUCUGCAUGUUAUAUUGCUUCCACAUUUUGUGAAAUAAAAUCAGUAUGAAGUCU